UGGAGACAGCCAGCAUCACACGUCAUGGAGGCUCAAGACGCUGCACAGGACAGGCCUAAACUCAGCUUUAGUAUCGAUAGUAUUUUGAAGCACGAGUCGUCUGGCCACCGAGCGUCCACUUCACCCACGGUAGAGGAUGAUCAUCUUCAGGAGCAGCCCAAGAUCAGACCAGUGCCUCUCCAGCUGUUAACGGAGGCUACCACAGUGUCUCGCACCGCCACGUCGCCCUUGUCGUCGCUCCUAGCUCUCACACCCGAGUCCUCCCCGGAACGACCCACAUCCACAGCCAGCGCAUCAAGUGAGUGUUCCACUAGUAGCCAGAACUCCCAGCAGUCCACCUUGUGCUCUGAGACCCCACUUGUGUCCCGUCAGGCUGCUAGGAUAUUCCCGGGGCAGUGGUCUAGUCUUCGAUCCCAUCCGUACCUCCCGCGACUCCCUCUCACCACGGCAGAGGGGACGCCUGUACUCCCCCGCUCCAUCACCCUCAGACGCCACAAGCCCAACAGGAAGCCCCGGACUCCCUUCACUUCAGAGCAGCUACUGACGCUGGAGAAGAAGUUCCGGGAGAAACAUUACCUGAGUAUCGCCGAGCGGGCCGAGUUCUCCGCCUCCCUCAACCUGACGGAGACGCAGGUCAAGAUCUGGUUCCAGAACCGUCGAGCUAAAGACAAGAGACUGAAGGAAUCUGAGAUGGAACGUCUUACGAGGCCUCUGUACCCCAGCUACGGCGGGUUCCUGUCCUUUGCAGGCCAGCUGCCCUCCUUGCACCUGCGGCAGCCUCUGGUACCUCUUCUGGGAUAACCAGCGCCUGUAGAAGACCUCACAGACACCUGCAACUUCCUUAUCUAGUCACCUGAACCCCACUGUACAGUAUAUUGUUUUUGUGAUCGUGUGUGUUAAUGAUUCUCUCGUUGCUUGUUC